AUCAGUGUGCGCGUCACACUCUCGCCGCUGCUGGCGCUUCAGUUUAGUUUGUAUUCUGCCCACCUACAACUCAUAGGCGAAAGACAUGGCGUCCGUCACUUUAGGACAGCACCCUGCUCAACACCACCUCGACUCGGAUCAGCAACUAUUUCACAAACUGGAGUCGAGCGACGGGAAGAAAUUCACGCGCAAGUGGUCGCUGGACAAGAUCAUCAUGCGAAACAGAGCGAGUGAUGUGGACGGCGCGAGAGCCGCAGUCUCAGCAUCGCUCGUGUUAUUCAAUCACGAGCCCCCUUCAGCAUCACACAGCCGAGGCUGUAGUGCCGGUUCGCCACGUAGUAAUAUGAACAGAUCGAUUGUGGCCAUGGACAGAGAGAACGCCAACAAUAAUAACGGAAUAUUUCGCAGACACAGUGCCAGGAGCCGGAGAAGCUCAGUGAAGGACACGGCAAAGAUCCACGCGUCUUCAUCACCACAAGAAGUUCGCAAUUCCUCGACGCGGUCAAACUUCAGCUGCCCGCCAGACGAACUGGAGGGACUGCCGAUCGACAAGCUGACACAGGCAAGGUCAGGAGUAGUGAAGAUGCGAAGCGAGCCUCUCAGGAGGGAGGCAUGGUCCAUCUUCAACCAGAAAGACCCGAGGGUGAAGGCAGAGAAGGGAGAAGGCCACAUCUUCAUCUCCAGGCAGCUGAGCCAGGACUGGUGCGACGCCUGCAACCGCCAGAUCAGCAGCGCUGCGCUCAAGUGUCGAAACUGCAGCUACACAUGUCAUUUGGAGUGUCAGGGGCUUGUCCAGCUGGACUGCAACCAACUAGACCAGCCGACAGAGGAUGUGUCUACCCCCGCUCCACAGAGGCCCGCCGCCAAAGACCCUCAGGAGACGGAUGUGACAAAAGAGGAAGAGGAAGAGAAGCCAACAUCCCUCACAGACGAUGAGAUUAAAGCGAAAAUAGAUGACUACAACUCCAAAGUGACGGAGAAUGGAAUGACAUUAAGCUCAGAUGGCACAUACACUGGUUUCAUAAAGGUUCACUUGAAGUUGCGUAGGCCUGUGACUGUAUUUUCUGUGGAUGAGAAGUCACCAGGACCAUGUUCCUCUUCUGAUAGUUCAGAUAACCGCACAUCCUUCUACCUGCCCAGCGAUGCCGUUAAACAGCUACACAUCAGCAGUACCACCACGGUCAGGGAGGUCAUCCAGGGCCUGCUGAAGAAGUUCAUGGUACAGGAUAACCCAUGCAAGUUCGCCCUCUACCACCAGACCCGUCGAGACAGCCAGGAUCUUUUCCAGAAGUUGCCAUUAUCAGAAUGUCCACUCUGCUUGAGGCUGUUAGCAGGUCCUGAUCUAGAGAACUUGUCCUUUGUACUCAAAGAAAAUGAGACUGGCGAGGUUGAGUGGCAUGCAUUUUCAGUCCCUGAGCUGCAGAACUUCCUGAUCAUCCUGGAGAAGGAGGAGAAGGAGCGUGUGCGGCAGGUGGAGCAGCGUUACGCUGCCUACAGGGAGAAGUUGCUACAGGCUCUAGGUCAGGUCGAGAGCAAACCGGGCUAAUGUAAGACACAGAAUCUCCUUCACCCCACUGAGCCAACACCGGGCCAGCCUGGAGGACCAGUAGCCCAACGGACGAACUCACAAAACCUCCACUCAGGACUUUGUACAAGCUCUCAGCAUGCUUCUGUGACCUUUAACCCCCAAAGACGGGCAAAGGGAUCGAGACAUGACUAAGAUGAAGAGGAGGUUUAAACUAAAGAUUGGUACUUCAAGAGUAAUCCUUCUCUCUGGAAAUGGAAGGCUGUUGAAAGCCCAGGAGUAUGGUAGUUUCUGGCAGUCAUGCUUUUUGAUAUCUGAAUGGGUUUUGUUUAGUUUUUUCUUGUUGUUUUUACAUUGACCCCGUCUGUCUGUGUUUUUUACAAGCUGCUGCUAUUGCUGCUACUGCAAGUGUUACUUAAAGCAUGACUUUCGCUUUGGUCUCUCUGCUUGUGUCUACCGCAUGUCCUCUAUCAGGGAAUAUCUAUAUGAAAGAGCAGAGUAAAAAAGCACUUCCUGUCCGAAAAAAGUGGGGAGACUUAAGUUAUAGAAAAUAUGAUGCCUGCAAGAUAUCAGAGGACAAAUAGUAAUCUUGUCCACAUAUCAGAUUAUACAGUUCAUAAAAAAUUAUAACAUACUACUGUAAAAAAACAAAAAAAAAGAGUUAUACUGUUUAUACUGGAGAUUGUCUUAAUAUAACUAUAAAUGUACUGUAUUACUGAUAAUGUUUCACCCUACAGCUCAAUAUGUCAAAAUAUCUCUUUCUUUCUUUCAAUUUAAAUUACCAAAAUGGCUGUGCAUCUCUAUGAUAAAGCGGUCAUGAAACCCACUGGCCACUAUAUCUAUAAAAAAGUGUUUCAAUAGAUCUGGGCUGCUGAGAAUGUACAGAUGCAGCCAUUUUGAGCUCCUCUAGAAAUAUGAAGUGGCCCCACGCUGACUGUUACUCUCUGGAAAGACCCAUUGUCCUUUCAGGUGUCCCAUGAAAGCUUUUAGAAACACUCAGCACUGACAAAUCACCUCAGUCUCUCAAGUGCGCCACCAGUACUUAAUGUGCAGGGAGCAUCAGUGGACGUGAGGAUAGUAGGCUGUGGUUAUCCGGUAAGCUUUUCGGAAUCAUUUCGGCUUUUAGCACAUACAGUAAUACACAAGGUCAUGUUAGAUUAGAGGGCAUCUCCUCGAUCAGCACUCUGAAAAGCUCUGCGGAUCCCAACCACAAGCAUCUCAAUCUGUAUUACACCAAAGGAAAACAGAACAAGCUCCCCUUAUUGUAAUUACAAAAUAAAGCUUUUAUAAAGAUCUUCCUGCUAAUGUAAAGUGGAGUCAGGAUGUCUGUGAUUUGCACACCAACACAAACCACUGAGUGGUCCGCCAGUAUGUACAGGAGUCAAUAUUAUUCUGUACAGGGAACAUGAGAUGGAUGUAACUUUUUUGUUGUUGCUGCUUUUAUUGUAAUAAUAAGCAUUUAAAGGGAUAUUUGUAAUGUGCAUACUUUCGUCUGCUGAAUUGUGGAGGUGCAUGUGAAUUGAAUGUAUCUGUGACACUGAGGGAAUUUAUUAUUUGUGAAGAGCAUUCAAAAGCACUGAAGCGGUUUUCCAUAUUGGUCGGGAAUAACUGUGAACCUUUCAAUAUGAUGUUCCAGGCACUGAUAUUUCUCUUCUCCCUUAAAAGCACAUUUACGUCCCAAUCUAUUAAAGAACCAUGGAUUUCUAAACAGGACAUCUUUAGCAAGCAGUUUUGUAAUGGCUAAGUUAUCAUUUGGAUUGGUAUGUUUGUAGAGGCACUUUAAAGUCAUAUGUUUCCAUUUGAACCACUCUGCCCUAUGUGCUCUGCCUGUAUAUUUUGAUCUUGUAUGGGUACACGUCCUGCUGGACUGGAAGUAUCACUUCCACCCUUUAGCAAGCGGCAGGGCCUUGUAUGUCUGCUCAGGUGGCGCCCCCUGACAGCCAUAUUCCUGCUGCAGUGCCUUUAGUCUCCGUGUAGCUUAUCUUGACCGUGUACUGUACAUAUGCUCUAGAUGUCUGGCCCUAUAACUCCACGUUGAGAGAGUUCCCACACAUUCAGUGGCAGCAGCCAGGUGCUUUCAAUGUCUGAGCUAUUAAGUCCAUGUGAGACUUUUUGGGACUAGUGUUUAAAAUGUUGAAGUGUGUGUGUGUGUGUGUGUGUAUGCGUGUGUGUGCGUUGGUUUAAUUUAUUUUUUGGUUCAAUUUCAGUGCGUGUAAACUUGAAUAUGUGGACAAAUCAGUACUAUUGGGCAAUCUUUUUUGUUUUGGAGAAUCAAAUGUUUCAAAUGUCUAGUAAGCUGUAAAUAUACUGAAGAAUUAAAUAAAAGGUCACCCUUUCUUGGUGAUGAGUC